AUGUUUAAUGCGUGCAAGGGAAAGAGCAACUGCUGUCGGGAGGAAAGCGAGGAAACGAAAAAGCUCGUGCACGAAGGAGGAAGGCAUGACCUGUUCGAUCAGCACCUGGUGAAGGAGAAUGGGGACUUUAAGAAGAUCAUCGAGGGGGAGCCCGACCAGACCAAAGCCGUCGAAAUUAGCCAGCGCACGGAGAGGGAAUACGUUGCCGUAACUGCCUACCAGCCAGUUGACAUCGUGACGAGGACAGUCGAGGUGCCCUUCGUGCGCACCAUAGAAACGACAGUGCCGAAAAUAACGUACGAGAACAAGAUUAGGGAGGUCCCCAAGUAUUACUCCAAAAUUGUGGAAAAGAUCGUGGAAGUCCCGGAGGUCAAAUUCGUCGACAAAAUCGUGGACGUGCCGCGCAUCCAGUACUGCUUCAAAUAUGUCCCGAAGGUGGAGGUGAAGGAAAACAUAAUUCAGAGGCCAGUAAUCCAAAAGAAGAUCGUAGAGAAAAUUGUAGAAGUUCCGAAGGUGAAGGAGAUGCAGAGGUUCCAAGAGGUCGAAACGGUGGAAUACGUCAUCAAGUACGUACCAAAGGGAUUCACCGAGGGAAGAAAAAAAUCAGACGAUGAAGAUGAGGACGGGGAAGAAAAGAAGGAAGAAGACCCAGAUGAAGAAAGGGACAGAGGCCAAGGAGAAGAAGCCAACGAGGAGCAGGAAGAUGAUGGCAAUUCCAGAUUUUACGGACUGAAAAAUUAUUCUGAAGGAGCCAAGCUGGUUAGGAAUGCACAGAUGGGGAUGAACCAGUCCCAAUUAUGGGAACAGACAAUGUCCAUGGGAAAGGAUAAGAUGUUUCCAUACGUUUUUAGUAGACCUAUGCAAGGACAGGCGGAAGGACAGGUGACGGCACAUGCAGGGAUAGGGACUCCCUGGGGAAGUGCCCUAGUUGGGGGAGAACUACAUGGAGAAGCAUACGAAGGAGGAGCAGUCCACCCCACGUUUGACUUGCGAAAGGAGCUAUCUCUGAUGCAGCUGAAGGAAAGGAAUGGUUCCAUGUUACCAACGCCACGGAUAGAACAGGUGUUUAAGCCCAAAAUUGUAAAAAACAUAGAAGUGCAGAAACAUGUACCAAUUUCAGUGGACGUGCCAGUUCCCUAUAUGGUCCCGAAGCCUGUCGUUGUUAAUGUAGAAGUGCCUGUCUUGAAAUUCAGAGAUACAUUUGUGCCUGUACCGGUGAGGAGAAAAAUCAUCCCCAAAAUUAAGUGGAUCUCGGAUGUGUAUCAGGUUGACUGCAUCAAGGAGAAGCCCUAUUUGAAGAUCCAGGACGUGAUAAAACCAAUUCCUUGUGAUGUGCAGAUUAAGUACAGGAAGUAUAUGGAGAAGGCUUGUGCUGUGAACCCUAAUGAGUUGCCACAGGAUGAUGUGCACUGCAUGUGGAUGCGCGUCAAUGCGCACCUCGCCGAGCAGAAGAAGCGGGAGUAUGGUGACCUGUACCCGUACUAUCGAGGUGGGCCCGAAGGAGAAGGAGAAAACGACAGUAGAAGCUCCGGAAGAGACGAGCAGGACGGAAGUGAGGGCACGGAAUGUUCAGAAGAAGGAACGAUGCACGAAGGAGAAAUCAGAGAAGGCGUUUUGGACGAGGAAGGGGAAGUCUCGGGUACGGCGAGCAAGCAGGAGGAAGGUGGGGAAGACAAGGAAGAACGCGCCGAGGGGCAAGAGACCAUCGGAAGUGGAAAAGACGGGGUAAAUGAACGAAGCGGGGCGAUGGAACAAACCGAAUCGGCUAUGUCAAAUGGGGAAAUCAUACAAAUUGGAGAAGUCGCACAACAGGGAUCAAUCAUAGGAGUCCUAAGGAGAGAGUACGGCGAAAUUGAUCAAACCAAAGCGGAGGAAUGGAGACAAGUCGAAGGAAUAGAAAAGGUAAGCGCAGAGCAGAAUAUCUUUUACGCCUAUGAAGGGUCGGAGCAAAUGCAAAAGGAGGGAAGAGGUUUCAAUGUGUGUUGUAAAAAUUCAAAUGAUCGUGUCAGCGGCACGCCGGCAAAUGAGGACAGAUACAAUUUAGAAUGCGUCGAUGAAUUCAUGAAGGAGAUGAAGAAACAAGAUCAUUUGGAGGAAGAAGGAGCCGUGGCUUCUCUGUACCCAUCACACCCUCUAGCCAUGACGUACUUGCAGAACAAAUGGAUUCAGACAGACACCCUGAGGACACAUGAACUGUACCAUGACGACUUUGUCAGGGCAAGCAUUAAUGCCAAUUUUAAUCUAAAUAAUAGGAAUCCAGUGAUAUCAGAGGUUAUGAGAAAUCAGGAUUUUUUAAAAACUGCCAACCCUAUCAUUUCUCCUUUUUUUCCGAGGAAUAUACAGAACAUAGAAAAUUCCUACAACAGGGUUAUAGUACAGAACAUCCAGGAGGAGAAUAUGCGAUGCCAAGGGGGUACUAAUAAGUAUGAGCAGAAGGUGCAUGGCCUCGCGGGGGACACCGAUGUGAGGAUGUAUGACGAAGGGGCCGCCGGGUGCACUGGACAGGCGUGCGGUUCGGGGGGAAAAAGCUGCAGCUACUUUUGUAAACAGUGA